AUGGAUAACAUCUCCACACUCAAAGCCUCCCUGCUGGCGGCAACCUGCCUCAUAGCUCUGGCCCUGCCCGCCAAAGCCGAACGUGUUUCUGACAACUGGUGCAAUGACGGCAUUCAGGACAGCUGGCAUUUCUACUGCGACCCGGAGCCUGAACCGGAAGAAGAACUCCUGCCGGAACCAGAAGCCGCCAGCGCGCCCCCGGCCCCUGAACCCCGCGAGGAACCAGAAGAAAUCCUGACCGCCCGCGAACGGCUGGCCAUCUUUUCUGAGCGCGUGGAAGAAGCAAAGGCUGAGGCCAUUCUCAAUCCGACCGUUGAAAACCUCGUGGCCUAUAUGCGCAUCCAGAAAGAGAUGAUUGAUCGGGCAGAGAACUUCCAGAAGACAUGGCAGCUUGCUCUCUUUGGCACACCCGACCUCGAUCACAACACGGUCUAUCCUCUGACCAACCCCGGCGUCUUUGACUAUCAGGACCGCCAGCGUCUGGAACGUGAGGCAAAGCUCGCAGAGAUCAGCCAGAGCCAUGUGAUCAUGUUUGUCACGGAACAUCCGGACAUUUGUUAUACCUGCGAGACCCAGACCGGCAUUGUGCGUGAACUGAUUGACCAGCACGCAACAGCGGUCUUUGUGGUCAGCAAGGACGGAUACCGCUACGCCGCUUUCCCGGAUGCUGAGAUUGACCGGGGCCAGCUUGAAAGCCUUGGCCUUGCCGACAACCCCACGCCCUUCUUUGCCAUUAUUGAACCCGCGACCGGUGAGGUCAGCCAGAUCGGUCACGGCCUGCUGACACGGGACCAGAUCUUAGAUCGCGUUCUGCGCGUCAUGGAACCAGAGCUUAUCGAAAUCGCAUCCGACACCCCAGAUGAGGAGCCAACAGAUGAAACGCCUUAA